UUAGCUACCGUCCAUCUUCAGCUACAUUACAGUGAGCGAGUCUAUCGAAAAGAAAAUAUAUUUUGGAAGUAAAGAAGAUUUACUGGAAAUAGUUUUGGCUUUAUUUGAAAUAAGACAAACGAAAAACCAUAUACUAGAUCACUUGUGACAGACGGAAUGUGGAAAUUGUCGUAGUCAGAGCCAUGGCUGAUAAAAGAAAACUACAAGGUGAAAUUGACAGAUGUUUGAAAAAAGUAGCGGAAGGUGUUGAACAGUUUGAGGACAUCUGGCAAAAACUCCACAAUGCAGCUAAUGCGAAUCAGAAGGAAAAAUACGAAGCUGAUCUCAAGAAAGAGAUUAAAAAACUUCAGCGAUUGAGAGAUCAAAUAAAAACAUGGGUGGCCUCCAACGAGAUCAAAGACAAACGGCAGCUAGUAGAGAACCGAAAACUAAUAGAAACGCAAAUGGAACGGUUCAAAGUGGUGGAACGUGAAACGAAAACAAAAGCCUACUCUAAAGAAGGCUUAGGACUUGCUCAGAAGGUGGAUCCAGCUCAGAGGGAAAAGGAAGAAACGGGACAGUGGCUAACGAAUACAAUAGAUACACUAAAUAUGCAGGUGGAUCAGUUUGAGAGCGAGGUGGAAUCUCUUUCAGUCCAGACGCGGAAGAAGAAGGGCGAUAAAGAUAAGCAAGAUCGUAUCGAUGAACUCAAGCGGUUGAUUGAGAGACAUAGAUACCACAUUCGCAUGUUGGAGACAAUUCUACGGAUGCUGGACAAUGACUCUGUACCGGUGGACGCUAUCCAGAAGAUCAAGGAUGACGUUGAAUACUACAUUGAUUCCUGUCAAGACCCGGACUUUGAGGAGAAUGAGUUCCUGUAUGAUGACCUAGACCUGGAAGACAUCCCUCCGGCACUUGUUGCCACUUCUCCAUCAGGCAAUGUGGAAGAUGACAUGUACCUUCACUCUAGCAGCACUCCCACCUCUACUACAUCUUCUUCGCCCAUCCCUCCGUCUCCGGCUACUUGCACUGCUGAGAACUCAGAGGACGAUAAGAAAAGGGGACGGUCGACAGACAGUCACGUUAGUCAGUCGCCUGUGAAGAACGGUACCCCAUCCUUGCAAUCUUCUUUCUCUUCUUCCGUCACCUCCGGGUCCUCUUCUUCCUCCUCCCUGUCUAUGGCGAGUGUUGUUGGAGGCGUUCCCGCGGUUCCCACCAGCAGCAGUCUCAUAGGAAGUUUCAGCAGUGCGGUACAGCAGCAUCAGCAUCAAUCUGCACAGCAGCAGCACCAGUCUCAGCCAUCAAAUCAGUCGCAGCAGCAACAGCAGCCACCUCAAACGAAACCUUCGGUCCCCUCAAACAAUGCCCCCAGUCCACCUAGCAACCAAGCUCUCCCAGCAUCCACCGCCCCCUCCCUGUCCACACCCAGCACACCCAGUUCAACAGCUCCCAACUCUCAGUCCAACUCCGGGUCUACCCCAUCAUCCAGUCUUGGGCUCGGGUCGGAUUUAAGGAAAAGCGGCAUGAGCGGGACCAGCAAUGCUAACCAGAUGCCAAGCUUAGGCUUGGCAGGCCACACCACUCCGUUAAACACAAUGGCAGGCCUAAUUACAAGUUCCACGUCUGCCCUUUACGCGCACGCAGCAGCAUCUGGUGGACUUGGUCUGAGCAACACCACUCAAUCCAGCGUUUUGCCUGAGAGCAGCAAUUCCAUCUCCAAUUCAAGCUCCAGUGGAAUCACAACCAACGGAGCCGGGUCUGGGCUCAGCUUGCUAGGCUCUAGCUCAGCCCACAUCUCUCUGGGUAACAGCAUAUUGGGUCUGGUCCCUGGGCAAAGCGUGGCCCCCGCUGCAUCACAGGGGCCCCCGAGUUCUGCCAACUCCACCCCUGGAGCAGUUGGCCUGAUGGUCGGAAACAGCGGGAACGCCGGUGUGGCUGGAGUGAACGCUGCUCCUGCCAGACCUCCGAGUGGAUUAAAGCAGAAUGGAAGCCCAAGUUACAGUGCUGUAGUGGCAGAGAGUUCCACUGAAUCAGCUCUAAGCACACCAAGCCAGUCACAAAGCAGCCAAGCCUCCUCACUCAGCUCCUCGACAAGCCAGCCGAUGGACAAUGGCCCCAGCUUAAUUAGCUCCAUCACAUUGCCCCCAAGCUCUCCCUCCCCCUCCUUCUCAGACAGCACACCGGGUGGAGGGAGUCUCCUCAACGGGCCCCACUCAUUUCCUCAGGCCUCUGAGGGCCUUAAGGCUCCGGAGCCCCUCAGCUCUUUGAAGGCGAUGGCUGAGAGAGCGGCGCUGGGAUCAGGAAUAGAGGGAGAGAUCUCCAACCUGCACGUAUCCGACAGAGGGCUGAACGAUAUUUUUUCUGUUUCAUCGGCAGCGCCCGGCACACCUGCAGCUCCUCAACCAUCUGUUUCGGAGGUCAGCAUCCCCCCUUCGCUUGGGGUUUGUCCACUGGGCCCAACUCCUCUCUCCAAAGACCAUCUCUACCAGCAGGCGAUGCAGGAGUCUGCAUGGACGCACAUGCCUCACCCCUCUGACUCUGAGAGGAUCAGGCAAUACCUGAUGAGGAACCCAUGUCCUACCUUGCCAUACCACCAUCAAGUACCACCCCACCACUCUGACACCAUAGAGUUCUACCAGAGGCUGUCCACAGAGACGCUCUUCUUCAUCUUCUACUACCUGGAGGGCACCAAGGCUCAGUAUUUAUCUGCCAAGGCUCUAAAGAAACAAUCAUGGAGGUUUCACACCAAGUACAUGAUGUGGUUUCAGAGGCACGAAGAGCCCAAGACUAUCACUGAUGAGUUUGAGCAGGGCACUUACAUUUACUUCGACUAUGAGAAAUGGGGCCAGAGGAAAAAAGAGGGGUUCACCUUCGAGUACAGGUAUCUGGAGGACAGAGACUUGCAGUGACACACAGAGAGGGACGCAAAAGGACAGAGAAAAACAAAACGUGCUGCUGUUGACAUUCCGAGACUGAACUCCAAACUGUGGAUAGAGAUUGUGAUGUGUAGUAGAACCUCCCUCCUGAAACAGGGGCCGGUGUCUGUAUAGGCUGCAUCUCAAUGUGAAGCCCUAGCUCCUCGUGUAGUGCUUUUCUUUUCUUUUUUUCUUUUUGACACCACCACCCUGUGGGUCCGAUCAAACAUCCCUGCGCUGCACGAGCUGGGAAGGCUCCUUUUGGAGAUCCGCGUCUGUGCCUGUUUGUGUACACACUCAGUAUGUGGCAUUAGGAAAAGCCCUAAUCCCCUCCCCAUGCAUGUUUCUCAUAUUUUUUUCUUCUUUUUCCGUUUCAACGAUUCUCUGUACCACCUGCCCAACAUGAGCCUGGAAGCCUUUGACUCAACACGAAAACAAACCUUGGAUUUGAUUGUUAUGGUGCCCAUCUUGUAUUUUCUGUAAUUCGAUGGUUUAAAACGGGACGUUCAGUGGACAUUUAGUGAUGGUGUGUAGGAACGGCUUCUUUUAAGACCCUACAAUGCCUGUUGAAUAUGGUCACUAUUGAAGAUAGUGAGCGCUUAUCAAUAGUUUUAUUGAUAUUGUCUUGGUCGGUUAAAAACGUGAUUGAGAGUGACCACAGGGCCUCUCCCUGUGUAAGGGAAAGAGUCCUUAUUGGACAAGGAUUAAAUUGCUAUGCAAUUGAACUGGUCUCUGACUCUCUUUACAAAUAAAAUGUUUUUAAGUUAACCUCUCAAAGAUACUAUGGCGCCUUCAUGUUUGUGUCCACAUAAAUGAAACAUCUUGGACCAUCAGGGAUUUUCAUCAUUAAUACAGGAAAAACAGCUAUAGGUGCAUCUCAGUAAAUUAGGAUAAAAUGGAGAAGUUAAUUUCACUGAUUCAAUUCAAAAAGGGAUGUGAUGUUUGUUUGGACAUGCAGUGUUACGCAUGUUAAAACAAUUAAAGAUAAGUACCUCAGAAGUAACAUUACAUAAUGGGAAUAAAAGAGUUUUAAUUAUGUUGUCAUCCACUGUAUUAUUUAAUUCCACUGUUGGUUGGGGCUCCUUUUGCUUGAAUUACUGCAUUUUAGACAGUGGGAUGAAUAAGAACUCCUGCAUACCAAAGGUUUUUCAGGUUUCAGAAAAGGCCUAGUGGUUAGCGCAGUGAGCUUGCGCUCUGAGAAGCUUCCAAGUACCUGGUUUGAUCCUUAACCCCAAACUGCUCCCCGGGCGCCGCACAAUGGCAGCCCACUGCUCCUCAAGGAGAUGGGUUAAAUGCAGAGGUACCGGUAAUUUUCUCAAUCUGAGUCAAAGUUUUAUUAUGAAAGCCAGAUGCUGUUCUCCACAGUUGCUGCAAGUUACUGUGAAACAACUCUGGUCGGUAGCAGAAUUUCUAUUAAUCUGUUGCACUUUUCAGGUAAUCUCGGAAGCAAAAGUCAGAAAUUAAAACAGGAGCCUGUAGAUAAGAGAUUAAAUGCUAAUUUUGCUUCACCCGAUCAGAUUAAUUUUUAAUACGGAUUCAUAGAUUUAUUUUUUUUUUGGAUUCUGUUUUUGCUAGUCAGUUUAAACAUUUUAUGCUACGUUUUAAUGCUGAAGGCAAACUGUCAGGAAUUUUAACACUUCGCUCAAGUGUCCAUCAGACCCACAAUUUCUAGAUUCCGUCCUCCUUUGUUAGAAUAGUUUCCCAGUCUGCUGCCUGGGACACAGGGUUU